AGCACGGGCUCCCACGGGAUCCUUCUAGACAACAGCAGGUACCUGUGAAGGAGAGCAAAUUCAAUAACAAGCAGCCUGCCGAAACCAGGGAGGGGAAGAGAAGACGGAGGAUCUGUCCAGCUCCCACCAUCGCUAGCAGCUUCUUCCUGGGCCUCUUUCCUUUGCUGGUUCCACCGUACCUGUCUGCCUUUGGUCCGGCCAAGCUCAUAAAAGUGACGCCCCACGGACAGGUAUCCCUGGACGACUCCACAUCACAGACCAUCUCUUGGAUGCUGUUGACUGCCAUCUUCCAGGCUGGCAUCCCCAGUCGCAGGUAACACAAGAAGGCCUCUUUUGUAGCCGUGUCGUCAACCGGUCCGAUAAAGAGACUCGGUUUUGCAGAGGAGCCCCAUCAGAAACCCUCCUCCUGGGCCCACAAGUCACUGGAAUAUCCUUCCAGGACUUACUGUCUGAAGCUGCUCUUUGGGGAAAUACGUUAUCUCCCAUUGCAGCAUCCUUCACUCUGAAGAUCGUGUGUCUUUGAAUUCUCACCCACAUUGAUCCCUGUAAAAGACAGCCUGCCUUCAGACACUGCCGCCCGGUAAAACGUGCGUUCCCCGACCCUCCCAGAGGGUGGCGGAAGAAGGAGUACGUGUCUUGCAGCAGGCUAAGAAAGCGAGUCUCCGCUCACAAUGUCCUCCGCAGGGCUGGAGAUCUUGGCCAUGGGCCUGUGCAUUGUUGGUUGGAUAGGGGCCAUCAUCGCUUGCGCCUUGCCCAUGUGGAGGGUCACCGCGUUUAUCGGGAACAACAUUGUCGUGGCGCAGAUCAUCUGGGAGGGGCUGUGGAUGAACUGCAUCGUGCAAAGCACCGGGCAGAUGCAGUGCAAGAUCUACGACUCCAUGCUGGCCCUCUCGCAGGAUGUCCAAGCCGCCCGGGCCCUCAUGGUCGUCUCUGUGCUGCUGGCCAUCCUGGCACUGCUGGUGGGCGUCGUGGGAGCCAAGUGCACCAACUGCGUGGAGGACGAGGGGGCCAAGGCACGCAUCGUCAUCACCUCGGGGGCACUCUUCAUCAUCUCGGGUCUCCUGACCCUCAUCCCGGUGUGCUGGUCAGCCAACUCUAUAAUCCGCGACUUCUACAACCCAAUGGUGGUCGAGGCCUUGAAAAGGGAGCUGGGGGCUGCCCUCUAUGUUGGCUGGGCAGCUUCCGCACUGCUGCUGCUCGGAGGGUCUCUUCUAUGUUGCUCCUGCCCGCCGCGGGAAGACCGCUACCCAGCCCGCAUUGGGUACUCUGUCCCGGCAAGAUCCACUGCGCCUCCAGGCAGUGGGAUUGACAAGAGGGACUAUGUAUGAAGAGCUGUGGUUGGGGGGAGGGUAGACUUGCCAGAUGUUGCUAGGCCCAAACCCUGACAGGAGUUACUGGCCCAAGGACUUUUUCAGCGGGGAAAAUGGGACAAAGCCAAUCGGUAUGGGUUGAGCCGUGAUAUCUGGCAAUUCUCAGUUGCAUGCACAUGCACAGGUGUAUGUGUGAGACCAUGAGCGGGUGGGAGAUUAGGGGCAAACAUGAACAAAUAAACGGAUAUGUGAAAGAAUGAACAAACAAUUAGGAAAGAGAUGAGUGGGGCAGCAAACACAACUGGAAUGCAGAAACUGUACCUGAGGAGACUGAGCAAAUGAGAGCAGGGAGAUGGGACAAGGAUAAUACGGGCCAAGUUAAUGGCUAAGCCAGCAAAUGAUUGUUUGGGAACGGAGGCAUAGGGGCAGAUAAGAACGGAGAGGCACUUGUGAACAAACAAAACGCAGGCAGAAACAUGAGAAGAGGCAGGGAAAUUAAAUAUGAGAGAAAGAGGAAACACUGAGGAGGACUGUCUGUCUUGUUAUAAAGCAGCUCUGCUGCAAGAACCAGCUCAGGCGAAAAAGUUUUGUCAAGAACAAAAAGUGAGGGGGAAACGGAGAGUGAGAGAACAAGUGGUUUUUAAUAUUGGAAAUGGCGAAUGGAUGCUGACAUGGCUAAAACAAAAGAGGGAAUUAACGGGGUGAGGUUUGAGGGUGGAAAUGAAACUAAUCAAAGGAGAAAUGGGCAGGGUAAGCAAGCCUACCCAAACCUGGCAUAUCAAGAACAAAGAGACCACAAGGGAUGUGGAGAAUGGAGGCAAGGCACGACUUCCUCACAAGGCUUGUGUGAGAAUGGCAGAAUAAAAUGGGAAGUGAUGAACAAGAGCCUUGGUUCGGUGAGUGCAGGGGGGCUAGGCAGGAUGUGGCAGGAGACCCUGACCCUCUUUUGCCUUGGACUGGUGCUAUUUGCUUGCUGGUUAAUAAUUUGUCAAGGCUUUGGCUACUCCUAGAGGCCUGGACAAACAGAUGAGGAUAUUUUGCCCCUGUUGCUCCCUACCACAGCCUGCCUCAGACAGCGCAAGGAGGAAAUCUAUGUCUCUCUCACACACCCAAAUGCAUUAGGCUCCCCUCCGCUCAAAGAGUUGGGAAGAGAACCCAGGUGUUCUGGCUUCACCCCCCUCUGUUAUUGGAAUGGGGGUGGGAAACAGGAUUCUCAGCCCUGCCCCCCUUUUUCCCUUCAGAAGUUUCCUAAGGAAAGGGUGGGGUGGGGGGACUUCCUGAGGUAACUCUUUUCCCUUGAGCAAGAAGGGGUCAAAUGGGACUCCCUUUUGUGAUCACUCCCUCCCAGAGGUCUGUGUGGUGUUACUGAAAACUGUAUUAUUCAGAUAAAAAAGAUACAUGUUUGUAACCU